AUGAAAAAGGGCGAUGAUAAUGAUGCUACAACUUUUCUACAAGCUUUUCCAUUCUCACUAGAGGAUCAAACAAAAUCAUGGUUAUAUUAUCUCUCUUCCGGAAGUAUUACCACAUGGACCAGAAUGAAAAAACUAUUUUUAAAGAAGUAUUUUCAUGCUUCUAAAGCUGCAGCUAUUCGUAAGGAAACCAGUAGCAUUGAACAAAUCUCUGGACAAUCUUUGUACGACUAUUGGGAGAGGUACAAGAGAUUAUUGGCGAGUUAUCCACACCAUCAGAUACCACCACAACUUAUCAUCACACACUUGUAUGAGGGGUUACUACUGCAUGAGAGACAUUUGAUUGAUGCGGCUAGCAGUGAUGCAUUGGCUAAUAAAACCAUCGAGGAGGCUACUAGUUUGAUCGAGAGCAUGGCUGUAAAUACGCAACAAUUUUAUACUAGAGAUUCAUCGGUGGUUAGAAGAGUUAGUGAAAUGGGAGAUUCUUCGCAUAUUGAGCAACAAAUGGGUAGUGUGGAAAAGAUGGUUGAACGGAUAGCUUCUGCAGUUAUUCCUACAUAUGACGAUGAUGCCGAGGUGAAUGUUAUAUUUCCUAAUCAAAGGAAAAGACAAGGUGGUUUCCAGCAACAAUUCCGACCACAACCUCAAGCUCCGAAGGAGGACACUUCAGAGAAAACGAUCACCAUGAUGCAAGGUCUCACAUAUAUGUUUCAACAGAAUCAACAAAAGAAUGAUGCGGAUAUUAAAGAAUUGCAAACUCAAAUGGGGCAAUUGGCUACAACAGUGGGUAAGUUGGAAGCACAAGCAUCAACAAAGUUACCAUCUCAAUCGUUCGUGAAUCCAAGAGAGCACGUUAAUGCGGUUACAUUAAGGAGCGAAAGACAAAUAGAAGACUCAACUCUGGAUACAGGGGCAGUACGCGUACCUAGUAACGACAUCGAAUAG